AUGGACGAAGUUUCUCCAACAAAACAUUUUACAAGUAAACCAUUAUUACCUACUAAAACCCCAAGAGACAAGGCAAUUAGCCAUUAUGUUAAUGCAUUAAAUUCACCAAGAAAUGUUGUUAAAACAGAAACACCAGAAUGUGGGAUACAAAUAAUUGAUGGAGAUGGGAAUUUUGCAUCGACUGAUACAAGAGAAAGACCAUCAUUAAAAAAUUAUAUUUUAUCAAAACCAGAAUUCUUAAAACGAGGAAUGGAUUAUAAUGCAGUAGGUAUAUUAGGUGCUCAAAGUAGUGGAAAAUCUACAUUAUUAAAUUAUUUAUUUAAUACAAAAUUUAGGAUAUUAAAUGAAGUUAUGGGAAGAAGUAGAACUACACAUGGAGUAUGGAUGGCAUUAUCAGGAAAAGAAUCAAAUAUUGUUGUAUUUGAUUUAGAAGGUACAGAUGGAUCAGCACGAGAAGAUGAUUAUUCAUUUGAAAGAAAAACAUCAUUAUUUAGUUUAUCAGUAUGUAGUGUGUUAAUGGUUAAUUUAUGGUCACAUGAUGUUGGAAGAUUUCAAGCAUCAAAUAUGUCAUUGUUAAAGACAGUGUUUGAAUUAAAUCUUCAAUUAUUUGUCAAAGAAGAAACACCUAAAACAUUGAUUGUUUUUGUUAUUAGGGAUAGAGAAGCAGAUACACCUUUUGACCAAAUAGAAAGAGAUAUUAUGGAAGAUAUUAUGAGAAUUUGGGAUACAAUAAUUCCACCAGAAGAAUUUAUUAAUUCACCAAUCAAUAGAUUUUUUGAUUUUCAAUUCACUUCAUUACCACAUUAUGAACAUUUCUAUGAAAAUUUUGUUGAAGAAGUUAAUUUAAUGAAAAAAAAGUUUGAUCCAAAGAAUAAAGAUACAUAUUUCUUACCACAAUACACUAAAGAAAUACCAGCAGAUGGAUUAAGUUGUUUUUGUGAACAAAUUUGGGAAACUAUUAAAGAUAAUAAAGAUUUAGAUUUACCAAGUCAACGAGAAAUGUUAUCUCGUUAUAGAUGUACAGAAAUUUCUAAUCAAAUAUAUAAAGAGUUUAAUGAUAGUAUUAAAGGAGAAAUGAAAACAUUAAAGAAAGGAAAUAUUAUUGAAGAUUUUAAAAAAGUAUUUACUAAACAAAUAGAUGCAGCGUUAGAAAGAUAUAAAGAAGUUACAGAAAGAUAUAUGGAAACAAUUGUAGAAGAGAUUGAAGAACAAUUAAAAAAACAAUUAUGUGGAUUAGUUGAGUCAUUAUUUGAAAGACAAGCGGAAUUAAUGGAGAAAGCUAUUGGAAAACGACUCAAAGGAGAAUUUACAAUAAUUAGAAAUGAAUAUGCAUUAUUAUAUAAUAAGAAAGAAUUUAAUCCAAUGAAAUAUCAAAAAUAUAGUCAAGAGUUAUCAAGAACAAAAGCAGUUAUUGAACGAGAUUGGAGAAAACAAUUUGAUGAUUCAGUCCCCAAAUUUUUAGCAGAAAAGACAAAAGAAAAGUUUAAUAGUGUUUGUAAAGAUAUUGGAAUUGCAUAUGAAGAUUCAGUAUCUAAAAUGACAGAAGUAAUGAAACAACAUUUUGGAGAUUAUCUAGAAAGUACAAUAAAACCAAAAAUUACACCAUAUUUAGAGGCAUGUAAAAAAGAUAUGUGGAAAAAUAUUAGAAAUGUUAUUAAUAUACAAUUUACUAAUGGAUUUAAUAAAUUAGAAGAAGGAUUUAAAACAUGUAGUAAUAUGAAUAAAGAUACUAUUGAAGAAGAAAUUAAAAAAAGUAAAACAGAUAUUUUAAAUAUUAUAAAAGAAUUAGUUAUUAAAAGAAAAAUAGAAUUACCAUAUUUACUUGAAAGAAAAUUUAAUAAUAUGUUUAGAUUUGAUAAUAAAGGAUUACCAAGAAAAUGGGAACCUACAGAUGAUGUUGAUACACUUUAUUUUGCAGCAAGAGAUGAAACAGAAGAUAUUCUUGAUAUGUAUUGUUAUUUUAGAAUUGAAGAGAGUGAUGAUCAAUAUAAAUUUACAAUUAAUUAUAGAGAUGGAGAUUUACCAAGUGAAUCUAUUGAAGCAUUACCUAAAGGAGCUGAUGAAGAGAAAGUUAUUUUAAAUCAUGAAGAACGUAAAGAAUUAAUUGAAACAUUAAAUGGUUUCUUUGAAAAAGGAUAUUUAAUAGCAUUAAGAGAAAAAGAAAAUAGUGAAAUUAAAUAUCAAAUUCCAUUAUAUUUGAUUGUUCUAGUUGUAUUCUUUGGAUUUGAUGAAUUUAUUGCCAUAUUAACGAAUCCAUUAUUAUUCAUUUUAACUUUAAUUAUUGGAGGUGGUGUUUAUAUUGGAUAUAAAUUAAAUCUUGGAGGUGUUGCAAAGAAUUAUAUUCAAUAUUUAUUGUCUAUGUCAUUAUCUUCAACAAUGGAAUAUUUAAGAACUAUCCCAUUCUUUACACCAUUAAUUGAUAAAGUUUGGCCUAAAGAUGAUAACAAUACUGAAGAAACUCAAGAAGAAAUCAAAUAA